ACCAAUGGAACAAAACAAGAAGCCGCACACGGUGCGCGCCGAGCCAGGGCAGGGAAAGGAAAUUAAUCCGGCAGCACCAAAGCAAUGGCCGCCGCGACCACCACCACCUCCCGCCCGCUUCUGCUCUCCCGCCAGCAGGCGGCGGCAAGCUCCAUCCAAUGCCGCCUCCCAAGGAGGCCCGGAAGCAGCCUCUUUGCCGGCCAGGCCCAGGCGUCGACUCCGAAUGUGCGGUGCAUGGCGGUCGUGGACACGGCCUCAGCGGCGGCGCCGGCGGCGGCUAAAAAGAGGAACAGCUACGACAUGAUCACGCUGACGACGUGGCUGCUAAAGCAGGAGCAGGACGGGGUCAUUGACAACGAGAUGACCAUCGUGAUGUCCAGCAUAUCCACGGCGUGCAAGCAGAUCGCCUCGCUGGUGCAGCGUGCGCCCAUCUCCAACCUCACCGGCGUCCAGGGCGCCACCAACGUGCAGGGAGAGGACCAGAAGAAACUCGACGUCAUCUCCAACGAGGUGUUCUCGAACUGCCUGAGGUGGAGUGGUCGCACUGGCGUGAUCGCAUCGGAGGAGGAGGACGUGCCUGUGUCGGUGGAGGAGAGCUACUCGGGCAACUACAUAGUAGUGUUCGACCCGCUCGACGGCUCCUCCAACAUUGACGCCGCCGUCUCCACGGGCUCCAUCUUCGGCAUCUACAGCCCAUCCGACGAGUGCCACAUCGGCGAUGACGCAACCAUUGACGAAGUGACGCAGAUGUGCAUAGUGAACGUGUGCCAGCCAGGGAGCAACCUGCUCGCCGCCGGCUACUGCAUGUACUCGAGCUCGGUCAUCUUUGUGCUUACCAUCGGCACCGGGGUGUACGUGUUCACGCUGGACCCGAUGUACGGCGAGUUCGUGCUGACGCAGGAGAAGGUGCAGAUCCCGAAGUCGGGCAAGAUCUACUCCUUCAACGAGGGCAACUACGCGCUCUGGGACGACAAGCUCAAGAAGUACAUGGACAGCCUCAAGGACCCCGGCACCUCCGGCAAACCCUACUCCGCGCGCUACAUCGGCAGCCUCGUCGGCGACUUCCACCGCACCAUGCUCUACGGCGGCAUCUACGGGUACCCCAGCGACCAGAAGAGCAAGAACGGCAAGCUGCGGCUGCUCUAUGAGUGCGCGCCCAUGAGCUUCAUCGCCGAGCAGGCCGGCGGCAAAGGGUCCGACGGCCACCAGAGGGUACUCGACAUCAUGCCCACAGAGGUCCAUCAGAGAGUGCCUCUGUACGUCGGGAGCGUGGAGGAAGUGGAGAAGGUGGAGAAAUUCUUGUCUUCAGAUUAGAACAAGAAUGAGGGAUACACACGCUGUUUCUUCGAAGAAAUUACUGUACUGUAUCUAAUUUAUAAUAUAGCCUUUUUCUUGUAAUGCCGGAAAUCUAUUUAAAGAAUUCCAGUUGGAUUGUGAGGUCAA